AUGGCCGACCCCAACAACGAAGUCUGCCCUGAUUUCGCAUCCGCUGCGUACGCCGAGAUCCGAGAAGACCUCAUCAGAGCCUCUGGUCAGACAGAGGACCAGGUCACCAACCGGAUGGUAGUAAGCUGGACUCAGAGUCACCGCCAAUGGGUAGAAGAAUGGAACCAAGAAAAAGAGCAAGAGGAACGCAAUGCUGCUGAAGUCGCGCAGGCACGCGCACAGCAAGAGGAAGAGAUUCGCGAACAGCAAGAAGCCGAGGCAGAGAAGGAACACCUGGACACCGAGAAGAAAAAACCCAAGAUGAAUGGCUUCAACGCCACUCUCACCGUCGGUGAUUUCAUCACCCUGCAUCCCGCCCAGUACGCCAUCUCCAAGAUCAACAACUUCGAGUACACAGAACUCUGGUACUUCUCUCCUGAAGGGUGCAAGGACACCCAGCGUUCCUCUCAAUCCACAGCCGAGGACGGUUACGGCCUUACCCAGGUAGACAACACCGUCUUAGUGUUACGCCCGCUUUCUGCCUUCAAAGCGUCGAAACACUCCAUCCCUGACCACGAACUGUCGUUCUUAACCUUCCUACGCGCCAAAAACACCUUUCUAACGCACAUUAGCAAAGCAAAAUGGCCUCAAGGCAACAUAGACGCCCUAUCCCUUUUCUUCUGGCACCUGGAAAACCACCCAAUCAGAAACAACAGCGAAAUCGGCGACCUCGUCGUCCUGCACUACACAUCUCGUGUCCGCCAAGAUUGGCAUGACCGCCUCAAGCGGGGCACGACCGCCUCAAGCGGGGCACGACCGCCUCAAGCGGGACGAAGCUUUCAACAUUGGAGUUAUCAAUGA